UGCACGAUGCCGAGGCUACAGAUCUUGCAACACAAGUCGUACCACCCGUACAAUGAGAAGAACAAGCAGCGGGUGCGCGAGGACGAGGCCAAGGCGGCUGCCGAGCAGCUGGCACGAGAGCAGCGCGACAUCGAGGCGGCAUCAGAAGCGCGCCUGACAGAGCUGCGGCGGCGCGCCGGCUCGCCAGACGACAACCUGCCUUCCACCUCGUCCUCCCGCCCAGCGGGCGACAGCCUCCUCGAGCGGCAUCGGCGUGACAAGGCGAAGCAAGAGAAGCGAGAGAGGAAAGCGCGCGACCGGCUCGACUUUGACUUUCCCAGCGAGUCCAGGGGCAAAGGCAAAGAGAAGGCGGUGGAGGUCGAGCGAGCCGAGGACGACGACGACCGGCGCGCGUACGAAGACCGGUUCACGACGGGCGGGCACCUCAACUUCUGGGCUGACCUCGAGAAUGGCAAGGACACGCCCGCGCCCGUGCCGACGCUCGCGGACAUGGCCAAGAAGAAGGCAGAGCAGGAAGCAGACAGGUUCACAAUGUACCUCGGCCGCCCGGAGCGCGAGACCAAGCCGUGGUACACUGACCGCGAGCUCAAGCGCGUCGAGGAGAAGGAGACGGGCGAGCGGGCCGAGGAGCGGCGUGCGCGGGACCGGCGGAAAGACGUGCGAUCGAAGGAGCGCCACGACCCACUCACGAGCAUCAAGAAGUCGCUGGCGGCUCCGACAGCGCGGGCUUCUGGCGGCAACACGGCCAGUGGGCGCGGUUCGGGGCAGCAGAGCGAACGCGAACGCGCUCUCGCGCUCAUUGCUAAGCGUCGAGGCGAGCCAGAACGGCGCAAGAACCCGUGGGACACGCCCGACUCGGCCGCUGGCUGGACUGAAGACUUUGAGCGGCGCAAAGACCUCGCGGGGCACAAGUACACUUCGACAUGGGACGAGCCGCGGCGCGCGGCGCGUCGCGGCUGGGAGGUGUAGUGUGGCGCGCUGGCUCGGCGCGGCUGGAAGGUGCAGCACUGUAGUGGUACGACGCGUUCGCUCGAGGUACAACGUGUGCAGUGCCUUCACCACCUUUUGGGAACUGGUCACGCCGCGUCCGCUGGAACGUGGCAUUGACAUGUGACACCUCGAUGUGACGAACAUGAC